CCCGAACCCAGACCAGUCUACCUCUAUAACGUCCCAAUCUCCGCCGCCGACGAAACCGAGUCAACUUUGCCAACCUGGAGCGGAGAACGUGACAGCUGUAAACACCACAAUUGAUACUUGUCUUCAGCGCGGUUGGUUGGUGUGUAGAGUUGGUCGCAUACCUUGACCCUACCAAGGCAUCAACCCGAAUCUAGCCGUGGCUGUAAGCUUUCCUGAAGACAAAACAUUGUCAUGGUCGCGUUUGCGAUCACCAGUGAGAGCACGUCUUCGGUCUGACACCGCGCUGGCAGACAUGCUCAAGAGAAGCAUCAUGUGUGCGUCGCCCUUGGACAGCAGGUCCGGUGGUGGUGGCGGCGCUCAUGGUGAUCCUCAGAAGCCGAAGAAGGUUCGGGCCAGCAAACCCAAAGUCAAGACUGGUUGUAACAAUUGCAAACAACGUCGUAUCAAGUGUGACGAAAAGCGACCAGCAUGCACUCAAUGUGUGCGCUCCAAGAAACAGUGCACCGGUUAUCCCCCACCUCCCCGAGCUAAGAUCUACCAAGAGCAGGUAAUUGCGCCCCGGCCACCACAGCAAGCCGUCGUGCAGUCUACUCUGCCGGUACUACCCAUUACAGUGAACCAUCAGGCCUUAGUUCCUCAGCCUGCCACCAUCGUCAAAGCGAUUUCGCACAAUAGAUCUCUCACCCCCCCAGAAAGCCCCAGGUAUUCAUUGAUGUUGCGCGAGCCAUCGACGAUUCCCUUCGAUGCCCAACAAGGUCAAUAUUUCCAAUUAUUUAGGGAUUAUACCGCUAGUGAGCUGUCCGGGUUCUUCGAUUCCUCGUUCUGGACGAGGCGUGUAUUGCAAGAAUGUCAUUUGGAAGACUCUAUAAGACAUGCUGUCGUUGCCCUAGGCGCUCUCUAUAAGACGCUUGAGAAAAUGUCAGAAUCGCCACCAAGUUCUCCCUCUGAUAUCGACCAGCUGGACAAUGCCAAUCGGCAUUGGGAGGUUGCUUUCAAGCAUUAUUCCCUUGCCAUCAGGGCGGUGGUCAGCUCGGCUUCUCAUGACCAGGCUAAAAAACGGAUGAGUUUGAUGGCAUCCGUUCUGCUAGCCUGUUUCGACUCAUUCAUCGGCGAUCAUAAGCAGGCCAUUCGGCAGAUACAAGGUGGACUUGCCCUGCUGGAGACACUUCGUGCUGAACGUCGCCAAGCUAGUCUUCCACAGCCUGAAGAGCCAGUCGAACAGGAUCUCAUUCAGAUGUUUACUCGAUUAGCUAUUCAAGCUAAAUCGUACGACCUAGCUUUCCACUUCCCUCAGCCCUAUGUUAUCCGCCUGACCCCCAAGGUUGGAGUCACUACACCGUCAGCCUCUGACGGAGGGCCUCCCGUUUCAACAAGCGCAACCCAAAUCCCAGUGGUAUUCGCAUCCUUGCACGACGGGAGGUUAGCAUGGGAUACCCUUUGUGAGAGGAUCAUGAGGUUUACAGAACAGAUGUCUGCAUAUGUAAAAAUGAGUCCCAUGAACAUACUCCCCAUAGAGCUUAAGCGUUACGGAAUGGGGUUCGACGAACAAAUGGAAGCUUGGUCAAGAGCCUUUGACCCAAUCCUCGCCUCUCGCAUGGCACCGGCGAAGAGUACACAAGAGAAGACGGCAAUUGCAGUUUUGAAGAUGAAUCAGAUUAUGGGCCGUAUUCUCUUCAACAUGACGUUCUGUGAUAGCGAGUCAGACUUCGAUCAAUUCUUAAAGUUCUUCCGUGACAUCGUCAACUUAGCCAUGGAGGUGAUUGGAGACGAAGAGCGGCGGGCUGCCGCAAAGAGGUGUCCUAAUCCAGACUACUGCCAGCACCAGCCAGUACAUGCCGAUAUAUUUGGCGAAUACACAGCCCGGCACAUCAAACCAAGUUUCAGUGCUGAUCUGGGUAUUGUACCACCACUCUUCGUCGUCGCCACAAAAUGCCGUGACCCUCUUACCCGCCAGCAGGCCAUCCAAUUAUUGCGAACCAGUUCACGACGUGAAGGGAUGUGGGAUAGCGAGCUUUGUGCUCGCAUAGGCAGCUGGAUAGCGGCGAUUGAGGAAGAAGAUGACGGGAUCGUCGAUUUGCCACGCCCUCUUUCAAGCUCAACUGAUACUAGCAGAUUAUCAAUUGGCAGUCCUAGCUCCAUGUCCAAUGGUUCUCCAGCCUUUGGGGAAGAUAUACCCCUUGGCCCCGGUGGCAAUGCCCGUUGGGGGAGUAGAAAAGAAAGCUCGCCAAUGUCACCUCAGACGAGGGUUGAGACGAAUAUGAUUCCCGAGAGAAAGCGUGUUAUGGUUCGAGCUGUCGAAUUCGAUUUACAGAAACGAGUUGCCGUACUUCAGUGCGGCACCAGGGGGCUAAUUCCUGGCAUGCCCGAUUUACGGACGCGUGCUACUAGGAUUGUGUGGUGAUCUUUCACCCGCCGCUCGGUCCCUCCUCCCCGAGUUCCGUUAUGAUCCGUUAUUAUCCUUAGGUUUGUGCUUGUUUGCUGAUGCCAAGGUGAAAGUUCUCGCGCGCAU